AUGCUUUCACACCCUGCAAGAGGCCCUGGGCGCGGAAGCAUGAUAACAGGAUCAUCAGUCCACAACCAAAGAAUUGAAAGGCUGUGGCGGGAUGUGUUCACUGGUGUAGUUGGCCUUAAAUACAACCUUUUUAGUCAUUUGGAGGGCACAGAGACUCUGGAUAUAGACAAUGAAAUCCACAUAUUUUGUUUGCAUUACGUGUACCUUCCCAGGAUCAACAAUCAUUUACAUGUAUGGAAAGAGGGUUGGAUCAGAAAACCAAUUUGUACAGAAAAUAGCAUGACACUAAGACAACUUUUCAUAUCUGGUAUGAUGAGAAUAGCUGGAAGCAGUCAUACAAUUGCUAAAGAAAUGUUUGAAGAUUUGAGAGAGGUAAGAAGCCAAAAAUAUCUACAUCUCUUGAACAAACUUGGCAGUCAGUGGCAACAAAACUGUGGUACAUCAAAGGAACCAAGGGAAGUUUGAAGUUGUCUUAGCAUGCCAAAACUAUGCUUCAAGUUUUCUUUAAGAAAAAAAAAAUUGAAUCAAAUAGUUGUGUUCUUUAAUUGACAUUGCCCUGUUGCACAAAGGAAAACUUAGUGAUUGUAAAAGCAUGCAGAUAUUUGUAGUCAUAGUGUCCUCUUUUUUUUUGGGUAGUUACAAUGGGAAGUGGUCGCCCUUACCCAAGAAAUUAGCAUUAUAUCAGUGCAAACAGAAGUCAACCAAUCCUUGUAUGCCAGUUUUACAAGGAAUUAUGUUGUUUUAAUAGAGAACAUUUAUCACCCCAGCCUCCCCCUAAAAAAAAAAACAAAAACAACAAUAAUAACAAAAUAAAAUAUAUAUAUAUAUAUAGUUACUGAAUAAAAAAUGAUUGUGUUGCAUAAUUUUCAGGAUGAGGUUGAGCAAUAUGGUCUAGAUUGGGAUAGUCCAUUGCCAGAGUCAGAUUCUGAUGAAAUGAUUGAAUUGCCCUUGACAGAGUGCCCACUGAAUCUACAAGAAACACAAGAACUAAAACAAGCCAUAGACCCACUGAGGAACAGUGACUGUUAUGGAAUUGAUAUUUUUAUUCAAACUUUAUUGUUUGUUACUUCACGUCUUGCAACAUGA